AUGUUUGUUGAUUGGAGCUAUGUUGCUAGGUACUUGAGAGAAAAGGAUCCACUUUGGUUCUAUUUACAUGCUUGUAUACAAGUUGUUGGAUUCAUUCUUGGAGUUUCUGGUAUCAUUACUGGACUUGUACUAGAAGAUGUUCUCUCUGCUUCAGUUGAUCGUCACAAGACUAUUGGUAUCUUUGUUAUCAUUUUCGGAUGCCUACAGGUGAUUGCAGUUUUGGCUAGACCCAAAGUGGACUCCAAAUACAGAUUUUACAGGAAUAUAUAUCACUGGACUGUAGGAAGGACAAUGAUAAUCCUUGCAGCCGCAAAUGUGUUUUACGGACUCAAGUUAGCAGGCGAACAUAAAGGAUGGACUGCUGGAUAUGCAGUUGCUCUUUCAAUCUUGAUUGCUACUGCAUUUGGGUUGGGAAUAAGAAUGAGGAUGAGAAAGUAG